AAAAAAAAAAAAAACCAGAUAGCCCAACCAACCUGCACACGACUUGCACGAAUCAGGUUGCCAGCAAAAAAAAAAAAUACAGGAAACAGGCGGGCACGCAAAGAUCAACGCACAAGCCGUUUCUCCUCCAUCGCGUUGCGUCUUUGCAUCUUCCACCUCGAUCCGGCCAGUAGGCUCGCGAUCGUGCUCUUGAUCAAAGCAUGUCUCGGAAGCGCCAUGAUGAUCUUGGGAGAGCGGAGAGCAGCGGCACCGGCACCAGGCGCGGUGGCAACAGCGGCAGGGCGGUGUGGGACACGGGGAGCUCCCUGUACGACUCCUACGAGCUGGCCGCCGUGCGCCGGCUCCUCGACAGGCGCCUUCUCGCCGGCGCCGGCGUCCUCCCUCUCCGCGACGAGCCGCCCGCCGCGGCAGAGACGAGGGGCAAGAACAAGCAGGUCAUCGUUGCGGCCAGGGCCCGCAGGAAGGUGACGCUGCGGGCGCUCUUCAGGGCGGUGGCCACCUGGGCGGCCCGGCCGAGGCAGGCGCCGCUCGCCUGCGCCUGCGCCGGCAUGGUUCAUGGUCGCGGUCAGGGUGGUGCUGCGGUCGAGCCGGAUGUGCCGUCGCACGGCGAAAUUUGAUCGUCACAGUUGAAGAUGAUCUGUUCUUGCAUUGGGGUAGGUCGUUCUUCAUUUUUUUUUUCAUUUUGAUGUGUGAUGUGAUGUGUUUUGUGUACAUGCGACGUGUUGCUCUGUUCAUGCUGCUCUUGUUCAUGGACCAAUUAAAUCUUUAGGGAGAGGGAGUUCGGGUCCGGCGACGGAUCUUUAUCUAAGCCCAUGAACACUUUUGACACCUUUUCUCAUGGAAGAAAGUUGUGGCGAGACCGAGUGAAUUUGCUUCUUGUACAAAA